AUGGCUUUGGAUGAGGAAUUUUCUAAAGAGCUUCUGGAGAGAAUCUCAACGUUGGCUGAGAGGAUUGAGAAUGUUGAUAUUAUUAAACGUCAACAAACAGUUUUGGAUAAUUUAAAAACUCUUCGAAUCGGUAAGAAGAAAUUGCUUCAUCAAUUGCAACUUUUACUGGAAAAGGAAGCGGAUGUUCAAGUAACGAAUGAUUUGAUUCAGAAACUUCUUCAAUCAUUCAAUGAAUUAAGAAAGCAAGAACAAGAAUUUACUUGUGCAAUGAGAGAAGUUGUAGUUAAAUUUUGUGGUGAUUUGAAUGAUGUACUUCCAAAAUUGAAUGAAGUACAACAAAUUUUGAAAAAUGAUAAGGACAAUAAAUUUUCAGAGUUUAAUUUGUUGGAAGUCGAGCGUUUGACUCUUAAGCUUAAAAAUGUGCAAGAGAUGAUUUUUGGUUUUAAUGAAAUGUUCAAGGAAGCGGAAGAUGCUUCUGGUCUUUUGGAUGAACAAUUGAAGACUCGUUUGAGCAUUUAUUUUGAAAAGGUUUGUUUAACAGCAAUUCUAAUUUUUUCAUUUUUGAUUCUCACAUCUUUCCAAUAUUUAUGA